UCGGUAGCAUGAGUUAUGAACAAGCUGAACAGCUCUUUCUAACCACCUGAAACCGCCACCGCAACUGCCACCACCAAAACUUUCAACGCCGUCAUCAACCGCCUCUCAUCCCAAGGCUCUCACCAUGAAGCUUCCAUGCCCAAAACCAACACACUUCCGGAUACCUACACCUUCCCUAAUCUUCUCAAAGCUUGCACCUCCUUAAACCUCUUUCUGUAUGGCCUCUCGUUCCACCAAUGCAUCGUCGUUAAUGGGUUCUCGUUGGAUGCCUACGUUACUUCUUCUCUGAUCAACUUUUACGCCAAAUUUGGACACGCCCAAAAUGCACGCAAGGUUUUCGACGUAAUGCCCCGCAGAAAUGUUGUUCCUUGGACUUCCAUUAUCGGAUGCUAUUCGCGUGCCGGAAAUGUUGGAAUUGCGUUUGAGAUGCUUUGUGAGAUGCGGCGCGAAGAAGUUCAGCCCAGUUCAGUUACUCUGGUAAGCUUGAUCUCUGGAGUUUCAGAGCUGGCUUAUUUGCAGUGUUUGCAUGGUUGUGCAGUAUUAUAUGGUUUUGAGUCUGACAUUACUUUGGUGAAUUCAAUGUUGAAUGCGUAUGGUAAAUGUGGAAGACUUGAAGAUGCUAGAGACUUGUUUGAGUAUAUGAAUGCAAACGACAUAGUUUCAUGGAAUUCCUUGAUUUCAAGCUAUUCUCAGGCUGGAAAUGUCGGAGAAGCAUUCCGGCUUUUGUAUACGAUGAGAGUUGAAGAAAUGGUGCCUGAUAAACAGACUUAUGCAUCCGCUGUGUCCGUGGCUGCCACGCAGAGUAAUUUGAAAUUGGGAAAGUCUACGCACGGACAGAUUUUAAGAACUGGAUAUGAAUUGGAUUCCCAUGUCGAAACAGCGCUCAGUUAUAUAAAGUGCAGGAACAUUGACCUUGCAUUUCAUAUCUUCGAAGGGACGACGAACAAGGAUGUGGUUCUGUGGACGGCCAUGAUGUCAGGGCUUGUGCAAAAUGAGGUCUCUAAGCUUGAAGAAAUUUUGAUGCUGAGACCUGGGGAUGCCGGAUACUACGCGCAAUUGGCACAUAGCUGCGCCUUGAUGAACAGAUGGGAUUGCGUGGGCAAGGCGUGGAGACAAAUGAGGUCUCUCGACUUGAAGAAACUCCCGGGCUGGAGUUCUAUUGAGUUGCACGGGAGGAUCACAACGUUCUUUACAGAUCACAAUACAAAUCCUCAAUUUGAUGAUAUCGUAUCGACAUUGAAAAUGUUAACGAGAGUUGAAUGAUUAAUUUCGGAACUCGUUAACUACAUUCUUUAUGGGUCACAACAGAAAUCCACGACAUUCAAUUCCUAUCAUCUCUCUUACAAGAGUAAACUCAUCAUCUUCGAACAAAGAUGAUCAGCCGCAUCAACCAACCUUUCUACUGCACUUGGUAUCGAAAUCUGUCGUGUGGGUGAGUAUGGUAUCUGUAAACCUCUAGUGGGCUUUCUACUUUGCCCAGAUUAUAGUUUUUGUGUAAGCUAACAGUCAGUGAGCAUCGGUAAGAACUCGCAAGUAUAAGAUCAUGGUGGCGGAUUUAAUAGUGCAGAGGUAUCAAAUUGACCGACUACUCCCCCGCUAAGAAGGCGCAUGGCAGCUCCCGGGGAGAAUUUCCUUGCGAA